GGCACACGCCUUUGAUUUGUUUAUUGGUAUAGUGCUAUAAUUUUCAUCUGUUCACAAGUAUUGUUAAAUGUAAAGUUUUGUGAGUAGCUUACGCCUCUCCCUUCAUUAAAUAUUAAUUUGCACGUUACCAUUUCUUUAGCGUUAAAGGUGGCCUUCGAUUCAUAGCCAUGAAACUUCAUUCCAGCUGCAUGUUUUAGCACUCCCAUGGUAUCUUUUUUUUUUUUUUUUUUUUUUUAUAAUUAUUAUAUAACUUCUUUGACUUAGAUUCUAACCUCAAGCACACGACUCUAAUUCCUUUAAAAAAGUACCAAAAACUGACUAUAAAUGGCAAACUGCUGGCUUUGUGUGGUUCGCAUACUCUCUAAUAAAAAAUCUCGAUUCAACUUUUCAAGUGCAGAACCUUAGCUAUUUUUGGUUCAUAUGGCAAAGAUUGUCAUUCUUUUGAUAUAUUUUCUACCCACCUUCUUUAUCUCUUCAGCUCUCUCGGCUCAGUUGAAGAAAGGGUUUUAUCAAAAAACAUGCCCCUUAGCUGAGACUCUAGUAAGAAGCACAGUUAAAAAUGCACUGGCUAGUGAUGCUGGCAUUCCUGCUGCUCUCAUCAGGCUUCAUUUCCAUGACUGUUUUGUGAGGGGUUGUGAUGCUUCCAUUCUUCUAAAUUCGACUCCCGGAAAUAAAGCAGAGAAAGAAAGCAUGGGAAACAAAGGUGUCGGAGGCUUUGAGGUGAUAGAUGAAGCAAAGGCCAAGAUAGAGUCUUACUGCCCUAAUACAGUUUCAUGUGCAGACAUUAUUGCUUUUGCAGCUCGUGAUAGUGUUCUUCUCUCUGGUGGCACUUACUAUGAUGUUCCCGGCGGCCGCCGCGAUGGAACCACUUCUUUGAUCAGUGAAGUGACUGGAAACCUUCCCGAUUCAUUCUUUAAUGCAACUCAGUUGAAACAAAACUUUGCAAACAAGGGUUUGUCACUAGAAGAAAUGGUCACACUUUCUGGUGCUCAUUCUAUUGGCGAUUCUCAUUGCUCUUCGUUCUCCAAACGCUUAUAUUCUUUUAAUGCAACUUAUUCACAGGACCCUUCCUUGGAUCCUGUCUAUGCUAGUUACUUGAAAAUCAAAUGUCCCAGGCAUGUAAAACCUGGUCUGCCUGACCCAGUUGUGCCCUUUGAUCCCUUGACGCCAACUAGGCUUGAUAGUAACUACUACAAGAACUUGAAGAAUGACAAAGGGCUGCUGUUUUCAGAUCAAGUACUAUGGAAUAGUGAAUUGACAAAGAAGAUUGUAAACAGGAAUAUCAGGCAUCCAAAUAAAUGGGCUUCCAAGUUUGCUGCUGCUAUGGGGCAUAUGGGUUCAAUUGAGGUGAUUACUGGGUCACAAGGAGAAAUAAGGAAGUACUGCUGGAGGAUGAAUUAAUUAGGUUUUCUUGUAUUUUGUAUAAUUAAUGAAGGAGUUUGACGAAUUUGGUCUGGUUUUUUGCUGUAUUAAAGUAUCCGGUAACUCUUUGUGUUGGGUUUCGUUUUCUUUUAAAUAAGGAUAUGUAUACAUUGGAUGUUGAUUUUGUUUUAGUUUUGUUUACCUUAACACCAUGUAUUUGGAAUUUCAAAUGAAAUAAAAUAUUUUAUCUUUUUUCUUUCU